AAGGCCACAGAAGGGGAACUGACACUCACCCACUCAGGGAGCUCAGCGUCUAGAGACAGCUGGGGAGCCCAGAAGAGGGACCGCUUCUUGGGACGAGCCAAAGAAGAACGCUCAGAAAAGGGCACAUCAGACCUUGAACUGACCGUUUUCCCGGCGGCAUGUACAACGCCACCACCCGGCAGGUGGAGGCGGAGCUGCUGCCCUGCCUCCGGCGCUUUGGACUGAGGUUCUACGCCUACAACCCUCUGGCUGGAGGCCUGCUGACCGGCAGGUACAAGUAUGAGGACAAGGACGGGAAACAGCCCGAGGGCCGCUUCUUUGGGAACAGCUGGGCAGAGGUCUACAGGAAUCGAGCCUCCCCCUUGCCCACGGCGGCAGGAGAAACCUUGCAUCGGGACUGGGGAAUCCUGAAGCUUGCUGCUGGCCCUGUCACCUGGGGCAACUGAGUCUAAGUUUUGUAAAUUCUUGGCAAUAAAAUUGUCAUCAAUG